AUGCAUCCCGAAAAAUUCAAAGAAAAUCCAGAUUUACAAAAAAAUGACAUCGAUCUGAAUCCUGUUUUUAUUGAAACAAAAGUUGAUGUAUCAGAGUAUCACAAUGGAAUAUAUUGGCGUCUUCUUUUUCUUAAUUUGGUUGUACUAUGGGCAUAUCAAUCGUUAAUAUCUGCACAAAAUUAUUAUAUUAAAUUUUUUCCUAAUGAUCAUUUAGAUUUUUGGGGAACUGUAUCAAUUGGUUCAACAAUGUUUUUCUUACAUAUAAUCCAAUUAUAUUUUGGUGUCUAUAAAUAUGGAUUUACAAAACGUGUUAUACCUGGUUUCAUCGGUUAUAUUAUCAUUGCAAUACUAGUUAUGAUUAUAAAAAAUAAAAUAAUUCUUAUAUUUUCUUUUGCAGCUGUCGGAGCUCUGAAUACAAUUACUGAAUCUCCUAUUUAUGGUAUUGCUGGAUUAUUUACAACUGGUUCGUUUACUCAAGCUGCUCAAGUUGGUACUGGUAUUGCGGGAGUUUUGAAUGUUACUGCAAAUACAAUCAUUCGUUUGUUUGUUUUACUUUUACAUAGUAAAAUUGAUCAAGACCAAUUAUCAUUCUAUAUAUUUAUGAGUGUAUUAAUAAUAUUAUGCUCUAUAGCUAUCUAUGUUUAUUAUUCAUUAAUACAUAUUCCUCCAGUUAGUAAAAGAAUGAGUCAACAGAUGGCAUCAUUUCGACAAGAAAAACUUGGUGAUACUGUUAAAUUAGAUCUUGUUGAAACUAAACUUUCGUUUUGGACAUUAAUAAAAAUUUUAAAAACUCAAUUAUUUGUUCAAUUUUAUGUAUUAUUUAUAAGUCUCUUAUUAUGGCCUGGUAUUCCCUGUAGUGCAUCAAACAAUGGUUGGUUUACUGGACAAGGCAAAGCUUGGUGGUGUUCACCUUUUAUCAUAGCAGCAUUUAAUCUUGGUGAUCUAAUUGGCCGUACUCUUGCUAUUAAAGUUCAUAAAUAUUUUUCCUCGAAAACUUGUUUCUUCUCUGCAAUUUUAAGAACUCUGUUUAUUUUAAUAAUAUUUGAACGUCAUCAAAUAGAUAAUAUACUACUCCUUGGCUUAAUAACAUUAAUGGGAAUCACAAAUGGUCUUCUUGCAACAGUUACGUUUAUGGCUCGUCCUAAAGCAAUUGUUGGUCUUGAUAAUUGCGAGAGAGCUGCUUAUCUAAUGACAGCAGCUCUAUUUUUUGGUAUUGCAAGUGGAUCAAUCGUUGCAGCUACUUUAACAUUAAAUAAUUUCCUUUAA